AUGGAUCAUUCUGAACGAUACUUGAUGCUACCGAGACUGGCUCUCUAUGAACUGCUUGUCUGUUGGCUGCUCCAAUUGCUUUCAAAGCACUUAUCUUCACUGCCAGCAGCUACUAACUCAAAUAUGACAUCAGGGAAUGCUGGAAGGAGAUACAAGCCACGGCCUGAGGCAUCCUACCCAUCCCGCCCCCUCCCAGCGCCUCAGAUGCAAGACCAUUCAUCAAAGAGUUUGCAUCCAAGAGCUGAAGUCCUGUUACCCAAGAUGAUGAAUACUGACAUGGACGCAGUUGAUGCUGAAAAUCAGGUGGAACUGGAAGAAAAGACUCAACUUAUUAAUCAGGUGUUGGAACUCCAGCACACACUUGAAGAUCUUUCUGCAAGAGUAGAUGCUGUUAAGGAAGAAAAUCUGAAGCUAAAACUGGAAAAUCAAGUUCUUGGACAGUAUAUAGAGAACCUCAUGUCUGCUUCUAGUGUUUUUCAAACAACUGAUACAAAAAGCAAAAGAAAGUAAAGGGCUCACUGUCCUCACUGCUGUGGAGCUGCUGCUUUUUUCUCCCCCUUAAGGCUUGGAUAUGAUGCAAAAGUUAAAGUAUCUUUGUUUGCUUCCCCGAGUAUUUAUAAAGAGAAUGUGAGAUCUAGGUAAUACUAACUGCUUAACAGGACUGUCCCGAGUUAACGUUAGUCUACGGAAAUGUGCACAUGUAGAGACUUUA